CCCCAUCUCCCUCCACCAUUCUUCUGGCCUCGGGUGGCUCAGCUUCUCCCAGUCAAUCCUCAGCAUUAAACUUCGAAAUCAGUGCACCAGAAAUAGACAAACAGUGUUAAACUCUCCACUACCAGCUUACCUUCCACUUUUUUCAUUUGUCUUCUUCUCAACCCCCUCUGGUAAGUUGUCCUUGUCCGUCUUCAUCUUGUUCUUCUUCUUCCUCCGACUCUGGAAACCCAACAUUCUUCCCUGAAUCUGUAGGAAAAGUCAAGUUUGACGAGGAGAAAAUGAACUGCUUUCAUUCCUCAUUCUGAGAGAUUUACUAUGAUUUCGAUUCAGUUUCACCUCUGAGAUUGGCCUCUUAUGUUUUCACAAGAGGAAAGUUCUUCGCGUUUGCUCGAUGGCAGCUUACCGGGAAGUUUAGAGUGAACUGGGAGUUAGCUGCCAAGACCUCUUUCUAGGAAGCUAUGGUGAGGAAGCAUGGAUGGCAGCUUCCGGCACACACCUUUCAGGUUGUUGCUGUAACUGUUUUCUCCUUAUUAGUGGUUGCAUUCUAUGCUUUUUUCUCUCCUUUCGUUGGAGGACACAUUUGGGAGUAUGUGCUAGUCGGAACAUAUUCACCUGUGGCACUCCUGGUGUUUGUUCUUUAUGUACGGUGCACUGCUAUUAACCCAGCAGAUCCUGGCAUAAUGUCAAGGUUUAACUCUGAGAUUUUAACAAGUAGUAGUAAUAAUAGUAGUACAAGUUCAAAACAUGGACUUUCUACAAAAGAUACGUCAGGAAAGUUUGAAGGACUUAAAAUAGGUGCAAAUAAUUCUCCUUUGUCAAUCUCGAAAAUUUCCUUUGCUGCAUCAAACUCUGUUAAGAAAGGUCGCGUAGAGGGUGGCAGAUCAGAUGGCCGAGUGAAUUCUUCUAGAAGCAGGAGGGGAUCUUAUUGUAAGCUUGGAGGAAUCUUCUGUGCUUUGUUUGUACAUGAGGAUUGUCGGAAACAGGAUUGUGGAGCUGCACUGGAAGGUGGAAACACUGAAGAUGCUUUGUUCUGCACUCUGUGCAAUGCCGAGGUUCGCCAGUUUAGCAAACAUUGUCGAAGCUGUGAUAAAUGUGUUGACGGAUUUGAUCACCAUUGUCGUUGGCUAAAUAACUGUGUUGGGCGGAAGAAUUAUAUUACAUUUAUAUCUCUCAUGGCCAUCAGCUUAGUAUGGCUUGCUAUUGAAGCUGGGACAGGGAUCGCUGUUCUAGUUCGAUGCUUUGUGAACAAGAAGAAGAUGGAAGCUGAAAUAGUUGACAGACUAGGGAAUGGUUUCUCUCAGGCCCCAUUUGAGACCGUUGUGGGUGUUUGUACAGCGGUUUCAAUAUUGGCUUGUGUGCCUUUGGGUGAACUUUUCUUUUUCCACAUUAUAUUGAUAAAAAAGGGCAUUACCACUUAUGAAUAUGUAGUGGCAAUGAGGGCAGCCAUGAGUGAGGUUCCAGGGGGACAAUCUACGUACGAAGAACAGGGAAACAUUUUGUUCUCCCCAACAGGGUCCGCAAUGACUGGUUUUAGCGGUGGAAGCUCUUUAGGCCUUCAGUAUAAAGGAGCAUGGUGCACCCCUCCUCGAGUGUUUGUUGAUUAUCAAGAAGAAGUUGCACCUCAAUUAGAACCUGGAAUUGUCCUAUCAACGGUUGAUCCAGAUGCAGCUGGGUUUGAGGACAAUGACGGAAACAAGGCCUCCAAACGGGCUGUUAAGAUCAGUGCAUGGAAACUUGCCAAACUAGACUCUAACGAAGCUAUGAAAGCAGUGGCUAAAGCCCGUGCAUCUUCAUCUGUCUUGCGACCAAUUGAUAACCGCUAUUUGGGCGAUUCAGAACUAAGCUCCUGUGAGAAUAUGAGUGUGGCAAGCAGUAUGAGUGGUGGAAACAUCAAAGACGGGAAGUAUGAAGUGCGAAUCUCUCACUCAUUCCCACACAGUCAAGGAAGCGGGACCCAAAGCGUGAGUAGCUUCAGCAGCCCGAGCAGCCAUGUUCAUGGGCCGGUCACCCUAAGCCCAAUCCCACAAGCUAAUAAUAUAUCGGGUCCACCAAAUGUCACCGGCUCAAAGGUCACCCAGACUUUUAAGGCUCCUUUAUUGACUACAAGUAACAACCGCCCUAUAUCUCUAGUCCGAGACGUUAAACGAGCGUCUGUUGUGUGGGACCCGGAAGCUGGAAGGUAUGUGUCUGUCCCUGUAACCUCUGGAGAAGGCGGCAGUAGUAAAAGACCAUCUCUGCUGCCAAACCCGAAAGCAGGCGGGUCUGGUACUUAUGAGAAGGGUCAGCCUGUUACUCACCCCCUGGUGGCCCAGCGGCAGCCUGCUGAGACGGUUACGUACACAGGGGGCGGGGAGUCUAUAUUCUUUGGGGGCCCAUUGUUGAGUUCGGGUCGGGAGUCCAAGUUGAAGAGGCAUGGUGGGUCCCAUCAGCUUCCUGUGUAUGCUCCUGGGGAUUCGGUGCUGUCGAGGAAGUAGUGCAGAGAUGGGGGGGAGGGAGUUAGUUCACCUUUUUUGGAUGGCCGUUUUAGGACAAAAGAAACCUCUGAAAGGAGAAGAGUUUGUGUCCUCCAGGAACCUGCUGCUAGGCUGAGGUUCUACAGAGGUUUCUUUUCUUGUUCUAUCAGUUUGGUAAGUAUUAACAACCGCUGCUGUAAAUGAUUGAGAAAUUGUAGAGCAGAUGGAGUGGUGGAACUUUUUAACUCUCAGAAUUUAAUUUACUGCG